ACAACAACAUCAGUAAUCUCAAAGUGUGAAAGGAGUGUCCCGUUUGUCUUUUUUUGCAAGUUCUCUGUGUCACCAUUCAAAACGGCGACAGUAAUGUUAAAGCCAAAAGCUCUUACUCAGGUGUUAAGCCAAGCGAAUACUGGGGGCGUUCAAAGUACGCUACUGUUGAACAGUGAGGGAGCCUUGCUGGCCUACUCAGGUUAUGGGGACAAAGAUGCCCAGGUGACGGCAGCCAUAGCCAGCAAUAUCUGGAGUGCAUAUGAGAAGAAUGGCUCUAUAGCAUUUAAUGAUGACAAACUAAAGUAUGUGCUUCUAGACUGUGAGCAAGGAAAAGUAGCCAUCACAAGAGUGGCCAAAUUGCUGUUGUGUAUCUAUUCCAAGGAGAUCGUAGGCUUUGGGAUGUUGAAGGCUAAGGCUGAGGCUUUAGCAAAGUAUCUAGAAGAUCCUCUAUCCAGAGUGGCAGAGUCCUGAUGGACAGGAGUUGCUCAUGUACUGUUUUCACAUCCUCUGUGGGCUGCACACCACUAGCCUGACUGACAGUGUGCACUUUGAGCAAAAGUCAGCAAGGAAACAUCUUCACUACUGGAAGAGAUCAGCCUACAUUUCAGACAUUACUAAGCUGAUCUUGCCAGAAUUGAACAAUUGUGCUGAAAGAUAUUACGUGACUGAACAAGCACAAAUUGAUGUUGUCAUGUGGUGGACUAACAGACUAGAAAGGGAUUUUCACACAUGAUGAAUGCUGUACAUGACACCAAAAUUAUCAAUCGGACUACAGUUAAUAUUUUGUUCAGAUUUGACCGAUACUCUUUACAAUUCAUGUAGUGUCUUUCCUUGAAAGAAGGAAUAGUAAGAUUUAUUCAUGAAAUUUUCGGAGGGGUCCUUAGUUUUGUGUAAAAUGAUAUGCAUUGAUUAGUAAUAAUAGUAAUUAGUAAUAAA